ACCUAUAAAACACACCCACGCCAUUGGCCCACAAUGCCUCUGUCAAAUUACUCCCAGGUGUUCAAUAACGCAGAAUACUCACCAACGCAAGAUCUGUUCGGAUACGAGCAACCUUUCGAAAAGACUUAUCUUACCGACGCCUAUACCAUGUCUCCCAACGACUCAUUGUCAACUUUCUUCGAUACUGAAUCGUUCUUCGACCAAGCAGCCACAACUUUGGAGAAGAAAUCCUCGAAUUCGUCUUCACGCCCACAAUCGUUCAAUCCAAUACUACCGCUGACCAGCAACUCGACUGUCGGUAAUCAGUAUGAUGGGACAGUGUACCCCGAGAUAACAUCCGUACAAAUGGAGGGCUACGCGCCGUGGCCCUCGUUCGAUUCUGCCGCCGUCAAUCUAGCUGCGAUCAAUCCUGCUGGAUCAGCGUCUUUUUCACCCACUGUUAGGUCGUCUUCAAGAACACCCUCGCUUUGUGGGGACGGCCAGCAGCCAGGCUCCCCGUCCAUGUCACCACGCCUCAUCAAACGCGAGUCUCCUUUCUCUCCCGUCUCGCAGGAAGAGCAGACCACACCAAAGCGACCGCUUAGAAAGAGAGGUCGCCCUCGACUCGACCAGCUCGAUACCGAGUCCCAAUCAGCUGGACCUUCUUCGGCAAAAUGCCAACGAUCCAGCCGAUUGCCACACAACCAGGUAGAACGCAAAUACCGAGAGGGUCUCAACUCUGAGCUCGAAAGGCUGCGGAAAGCUGUACCAACACUGUCAAAGAGCGAGGAGGCUCUCAUAAAGCCAAGCAAAGGCAUGAUUCUCUCAAGCGCGAUCGAUUACAUCAAGUCGAUCGAAAGGGAGCGCGACGCACUGCGAGAAGAAGGUGGAGCAGCUCAAGCAGAGCCGACGGCAAUCCAUGAACUGGGUAGGAGGCGGAAGCUCUAUAGAUGACUUCCUGGCGGAUUUCAAGUGAAGCGUCUGCAUUAUUGCAUCUGCACAUUCGUUGUCAUCAAGUGCUGAUGCCGGCAAGUUGGGCGUUGCGCGCGGGCACAUGCAACCAUCGAAUUUCUCUCUAACGACAUUAUGAUACCACGCCAUCUAUUUUUGGGCGACACUAGUAGUAAUUGAAUGCUUCUCACUAUUCUAUACAACCUA